UUCAUACAACGGAUCCCAAUCCUACCCUGUCCAAUCUCAAAAUCCAUUGAUUAAUCCACUUUUCGUGACAGAAAUAAUCCUUAUCGUCCGGCCUGAUGGUGGUUUCCGACAAAGAUUGACCACUUGGAGUGUGAUCAAGAACCAUGGCCAUUUUCAAUAUCUUCAUCGUGUCCAAAUCGGGCGGUCUGAUCUACCACUACGACCAAGCUAACGCCCCCAUGCAGGAAGUGGAGAAGACCUUUGGAUUCCCGUUGGAUAUCAAGCUCAAACGGGAGGGAUCGAGGGUGGUGGUGGCCUUUGGCCAACGGGAUGGUAUCCGAUUAGGCCAUUCGCUUCUCAGCGUGAAUGGCGUCCCUCUGACUUCGGGCACCGAGUUGCAGGAUGGUCGCGACGCCUUCGAGGUUAUCGAGGCUAAGGAGAACUACCCGUUGGCUUUGAAGUUCGGUCGACCCAAGGCCACCACCAAUGAGAAGAUCGUGCUGGCUUCCAUGUUUUAUCCGCUCUUCGCUUUGGCCGUCCAACUCAGCCCGGAAUUGGGCUCAUCCGGGAUUCAAGAGUUGGAAACCGAUACGUUCAAGUUGCAUUGCAUGCAAACCUUGACCGGGGUCAAGUUCCUGGUGGUAUGCGACCCCAAACAGGCGGGUGUGGACCAAUUGUUGGACAAGCUCUACGAAUUGUACGCGGAUUUCGCGCUGAAGAACCCUUUUUACUCGUUGGAAAUGCCCAUUCGAGCCGAUCUCUUUGAUCAGAAUUUACAGAUAGCCAUUGAACAAAUCGAGCGCACAGGAUUCAUUUAACAUUCCGCAUUUUAUACUAUUAUUAUUGUUAUUAAAUUCAAUCAUCAA